CACACAGACUUCUCAGACCACUUUAUCCACAGAGACACACACACUGAUGACACAUUAUUUUAUAGCUUGUUGUGUCUUUUUCUCCUGAUAUUUAGUCAACUAUUUGGCAGAAGACGUUUGUCUUGGCAGAAACAAGAACUCACUAAUAUCUGCAUUCUAGACACAAUCGCACCAUGAACUGCCUGAGCAGAGGAGGCUGCUACCUGGUGAACUCCUUCUGUGAUCUUCAGGAGGACAACCAGUGGAAGAGAGAGAGCUACGAAGCCUGCUGGCUAGGCCUGGUCCUCGAAACAAGACCUCAGUACAGGCUGACCCUCUCAGAGACAGACAGCAUUCGGAGAGAGAGCUACAAGCAGCAACAGGUGGCCCACUUCAUGGUGGAGAGGAGCCCCAGCCAGAUGCUGAGGCUGGGCAGCACCAGUGGAGCCAUAACCGAGCACCAACUACCCCUCCUCAGCACCAGAAAGGACCUGCAACAUGCCACAGCCACCUUUGGGCGCACAGUACAGCCAGUCCUACCGGGGAAGGAGAAUAAAGGAGCAGCUGAAGAGAAAAUGACCACAGAAACUCCGAACCUCAACAAGCCAAUCAGAGUGGACUACAGAGCCUCGAGUCUGAUGUCGUCUCCAAGGGAGAUCUCUCAUCGCAUACAGAGGAGGGAGUGAAGCAGGUUCAGAAAGCAUAACAUAGCCUCAAAGACACGAUGGUUACAGUAAUAAUGGGAAAAAAUCCUACAUAUCUCAUUUGCUAACUUCAUGUUUUAAGUAACAUCUAAAGAGACUUCAGUUAAUUCAACAUAUUGUACGGUGCUAAAAUUUGCAAAUGUGUCACAAUAUACUAAAUUGUAGAUCUAAACAUAUUCUGACAGUACUUCUUUACAAUGACUGUGCACUACUGGAAGAAAUUACACAUUUGCCAUAGUGAUUUGUAAAUCCAAUAAAGCUCCAUGAAACACUGUC